AUGUCUAACAACAUCUCUGAUCGUAUCUCUAACACUGCCAACUCGUACAUCGGAGGCGCCAAGCAGACUGUCGGAGAGACUAUCGGAAACAAUAGCCUCGCAGCCUCAGGAGCCGAGCAGAGAGCCGGAGCUGAGGCUCGUCAAGCUGCAGCCGAUGCCAAGACACAUGCUGAGGGAGCAGGCCACACAGCCCAAGGCAAGGUCCAACAGACUGUCGGAUCACUGACAGGCAACACAUCGAUGGAGGCUCGCGGUCAUGCCAACGAAGUCAAAGGCGAUCUCGAACGCAAAGAAUCCAAUGGACAAACAAUUGAAGAAGACCUGGCCUUUGAAGAAGAGCGGACGAGGCUCAUCACCGAUAUCAAUCUGGAGUUGGGUCAGAUGAUCACUAAUAUCACGAUUCUUCAGCGCAACCUCGAUACUAUUGUUACUAUUGGACAAGAGUUUGGACAACUAUCGGAGCUCUGGAAAAACUUUCAUGAUUCAGCAUUUCGAUUUGAAAAAGAAGAGGACCAGGAGGUGGAGGAAGAGCAGACGCAGAGUCGGGAACAAGGCUACUCAUUAGAGUCUAAGUGA